UGGGGGGGGGGGCCGGGCGGGUGGCAAGAAAGGAGAGGCAAGCUGCGGAGGCCCCUGCAGCCCGGCACAACUCCUUUACUCCCAGCCUUGGCCGAAAGUUCCCUGGUGGUGGUGUUGUUUUUUUUCUUCUUCUUCUUUUUUUCUUUUCUUUUUUUUUCCCAGCAGACGCCCCCCCCUUCCCCCCCCCACUCCCGCCUCCCGCCCCCGAAGUAGCACAAAAUCCAAGGGAGACGAGCCGGGGAGCCGUUUUCGGGAGGCAGAGAGAGACCGGCGGCGGCGGCGUGGUUGCUUUGCCCGGUGUGCCAGCUGCAGAAUUGGGGCGCUUUCCCAAACACCCCCUUAAGGAAAGCCUGCCCGCCCGUGCUGGCGCUGCUCCCCGGAGGACAGCAGCUCGGGGAGGGUCGCUCUGCCCCCUCCCACCCACCCACCCGCCUAGCCUCGCCUCGAGUUAGGGACCAAGGAGACUCCGGCGCUGCCUUCGCCGCCGCUUCUUCUCCACCGAGCCCGGCAACCUGGAUUGGAGCAUGGCCGCCCUGCCCGGGACUGUCCCCAGGAUGAUGCGCCCGGCGCCCGGGCAGAAUUAUCCCCGCACCGGAUUCCCGUUGGAAGUCUCGACCCCGCUGGGCCAAGGGCGAGUCAACCAGCUGGGAGGUGUCUUCAUCAAUGGGCGCCCGCUGCCCAACCACAUCCGCCAUAAGAUUGUCGAGAUGGCGCACCAUGGCAUCCGGCCCUGCGUCAUCUCUCGCCAGCUGCGGGUCUCCCACGGCUGCGUCUCCAAGAUCCUUUGCCGGUACCAAGAAACAGGAUCCAUCCGGCCGGGAGCCAUCGGUGGCAGCAAACCCAGGCAGGUUGCCACUCCAGACGUGGAGAAAAAAAUCGAAGAAUACAAGCGGGAGAAUCCUGGCAUGUUUAGCUGGGAGAUCCGAGACCGGCUACUCAAAGAUGGCCACUGUGACAGGACCACUGUCCCUUCAGGUUUAGUGAGUUCGAUUAGCCGUGUGCUCCGAAUCAAGUUCGGGAAGAAAGAGGAAGAGGAGGACCACGAGAAGAAGGAGGAAGACUGCGAGAAGAAGGCCAAGCAUAGUAUCGAUGGCAUUUUGGGUGACAAAGGCGGUAGAUUGGAUGAUGGUUCCGAUGUCGAAUCCGAACCGGAUCUUCCUUUGAAGCGCAAACAACGCCGCAGUCGGACCACUUUUACGGCCGAGCAGCUGGAAGAGUUGGAAAAAGCCUUCGAAAGGACCCACUACCCAGACAUCUAUACUCGAGAAGAGUUGGCCCAGCGGACAAAGCUGACGGAGGCCCGCGUCCAGGUGUGGUUCAGCAACCGAAGAGCUCGUUGGCGCAAGCAAGCCGGGGCCAACCAACUGGCCGCUUUCAACCACCUUCUGCCCGGUGGCUUCCCUCCAACCGGAAUGCCAACGUUGCCACCCUAUCAGCUGCCCGAUUCGACGUAUCCGACCACCACUCUCUCCCAAGACGGAGGCAGCACCGUGCACCGGCCCCAGCCUCUCCCGCCGUCCACCAUGCACCAGGGGGGCCUGUCGGCAGCCACACCUGACUCCAGCUCUGCCUACGGAGCCCGGCACGGUUUCUCCAGCUACUCGGACAGCUUCAUGAACCCCACCGCUCCAGCCAACCACAUGAAUCCCGUUAGUAACGGCCUGUCUCCACAAGUGAUGAGCAUUCUGAGCAACCCCAGCGGAGUGGCCCCCCAAUCCCAGGCCGACUUCUCCAUCUCCCCGCUGCACGGCAGCUUGGACAGCGCCAACGCCAUCUCGGCCAGCUGCAGCCAGCGCAGCGACUCCAUCAAGUCCGUGGACAGCCUCCCCACCUCCCAGGCCUACUGCCCCCCCACCUACACCACCACGGGCUACAGCGUGGAUCCCGUGGCCGGCUACCAAUACGGCCAGUACGGCCAGACUGCUGUCGACUACCUGACCAAGAAUGUCAGCUUGUCCACACAGCGCCGGAUGAAACUCGGGGAACAUUCAGCCGUGCUGGGGCUGCUACCUGUCGAAACAGGCCAAGCCUACUGAAGGCUCCAUUCCUGGGGGAGGGUCCUCCCCAUGGCCAGCCCUCUGCCAUCAAGAACCCCGCACUACGACCACCGAACUUUCUGGGACCAGCAGCCUCUGUCGUCCGUCACCGGCGUUUCUUUCGGAGACUCAAAGGACCAAAACUUCCCACCCUUGCCUCCACCACCACCUCCCCGCCCUGCCCCACCACCCUCUCCUUUUCUGUGUACCUACGAAGACUUACGACCGUGUUCCCAGCUCUAGAGACGGUGGGUUUGUAAAGGACUCCUCCCACCUGGGAGCUGGGUGGCCAACGUGGUGUCUUUACGAACGUUCCUCCCAGAUGUUUUCCAAUCGUGGCGACCGCUCGGUGGAGUCAAAGCGAGGAAGCUCUAUUCUUUGUUCAUUAUGUAGCUAGGUAGAUACCGAUAUAUUCUUUGGCCCACCUACCCUCCCCGUGACACAUACCCCCAUCAUUUUUAUUAUGGUACACGAUCAAUAAUACAUGGAGGAAACUGGCUGACCAAAGGACCACGAGGGGAUGCUUUGGACCAAAUACUAUACAAGCAUCAAGAAGCGAGACUGACAAAGCUAAGAAAAGCUGAUCCUGGUCAGAAAAGGAGAGAGAGAGAGAGAGAGAGAGAGAGUUGCUACUCUUGUAAAUAUGUUCACCUCCGCUUUGGGGUUAGGAAGGUUUGACGGGGAGGCAGAUCCGGUAGAUUCCAAGGAAGCUCUGGCUUCGGUCUCGGAGUCAUCUUCAAGGGUUCCUCAAAAGAGCGCGAAUCCAGUGGUGGGAUUCAAGUAAUUUAACAACCGGUUCUCUGCCCUAAUGAUUUCUUCCAACAACCCGUUCGCCAAACUGCUCAGAAAGUUAACAACCGGUUCGCCCGAAGUGGUGCGAGCCGGCUGAAUCCCACCACUGCGCCAAUCCAUGCUUGCACCUCGGAGGCCUCUGGCUUUGGGGAACGGCCAGUUCCCCACUGGGUCACUUCGGAGGCCCCCACCUGUCCACCAGGAGAAAAUUGGGGAGGGUGGGGGUGGUUAGAGAAGGCAGAAAGGUUGCAUUCACAUCCACCACCACCCCCCGCCCAUCCCCCGUGACGUGAGUUGCUAGCAGCCCAGCAGAAAGCGGCCGAUCAUUUAUGGCGGCGUCUGGGGUGUGCAAAACAUCUCCAAAAUGGCAUUUCCGCCCCCCACCCCAGCCGUUUGCCCACUCUUUGGAAAUCAAGUGGGGACCCAAAGGAUCGCCCGCUCUGCUCCAAGACCCCUAACCCAGAUUGCGAAGGACAGCUUGGAGGGACAAACAAACCCCCGGCUUCAGAUGCUCCCCUAGCAGGGAACCAUGGGUUCUUCGAAGGUGCAUCUGGGAUGACCCGCUGGGGGGUACCCCUCCUCGGCCCCUCGUCUUCUCCCACCCGUGUUCUAACCAGCAUGUUUGCCUCUCCUUCUUUCAAAACUGUCAUUACUGAUUGCACUCUUUAACCUCAGAGGUGAACAGAGAGUGAUAAAAAAAGAUUGAGUCAAACACACACACACACACACACACAAACACACACACACACACACACAUCUGGGAAAUCUCUUCUACUCAAGCCAGCCUCUCUCCUGCCCUUAGCUCCUCGUUGAGUGCCUGUGGAGAAAUUUAAGAGCUUGGGUGACCUUUCCCAGUCCGUAUGGCUCGAUCGAAACUGUUUGAUUCAAGAUUUUAGGGAUCUGGGAGGGAGAGAUCUCUGCAGAAGGGCAAGUCAGGCUGACUUGUCUAACCAUUUCAGCUACAGCAUCCUGGCCUCCUGGUCCAGCCACAUCACACACAUACCCCCCACAAUACCCAAAGCACCAACCACAGCUGGCCCUCGCGGCUGACCCGGAUUCAUUUUGCAUUCCCAAGUUUCCUAGAUCCUCCACAGAUCUAGAAAACAGAUCCUAAAUACAGGUACUCCUCGACUUAACGGCAGUUUGCUUCAUGACCGUCCAAAGUUACGGCAGCACCGGUGGGGGAAAAAAACGUGACUUAGCACCUUUCCCACCCACCCACCCGCCGCCCCGCACUUACGCCCAUUGCAACAUCCUCAACGUCAAGCGAUCUGCGUGUGGAGAUCUUGACGACUGUGAUUCACAUUUACGAUGGUCGCAGCAUCCUGGGGGAGGGGUGUGUGUCACACACGCGAUCCCCUUUCGCGACAAGCCAAGUCCACGGGGAUUCCCUGUACCGCCGUGUGACUCACUUAACGAACGCUUGACAAAAGGCGGCGAGAAAAGUCAUAAAAGGAGCCCAAAAGCUCACUUAGCAACAUAAAGCUCGGGCUCAAUUUGCUGUCGUAAGUUGAGGGGCUACCCAUAGAAUCCAUGCACCCGGAGUUAAGGGGUCGACAGUUGUGGGUGCUGGCCAGUGGUGAGUUUCAUUUUGCUACCGACACGUGCAGAACGUAUUUGAUGACAUCCGGGGCAGGUGGGCGGAGGCUCCUGCCUUUGCCGCUACCAGUUCGCACGAACAGGUAGCAGCCCACCACCGGUGCCGGCUGACCAGGAUAUGACAAUUUUCCUUUUUGGGAAAAGAAAAAAAAACUUGUGGCCCAAACGAGCCAACUUAACCAACACCAAGGGAACCAGGCUGCUCCCGUUGGCCAUUUCUCUAAAGCCGGGUUUUUCCAAACUUGGCAACUUUAAGACUUGCAGACCGCAACUCCCAGAAUUCCUCUGGGAGUUGAAGUCCGCAAGUCUUAAAGUCGCCAAGCUUGGACACCCUUGCUUUAAAGUGUGCAAGACUUUAAACCACCAAAUUUGCAGCUAUUUAAAAAAAAAAAAAUCAGAACAAGACAGCGGCCAAUUGACCGAAAUUUUCCCCUUUGAUCUCAUCUCCUGGAAGGGAACACGCUUGUCCUGGUUUUUAUUUUAAUAUUAACACACAGAGUCACACAGACACAACACACAGUGUAUGGUGCUGGUUUUUAUUUUUUUACACGCGCAAGAGGAGUACGAAGCCUAUAGAAGUAGGCACAGAGGCAGAGAAACAUACUAUUUACCUUACUGAUCGCUUUUAAAAAAACCGCAGCGCUGCUUCUCCAGAUGUUUAUUAAAGGCGGGAGGGUGGGGAGAGACUGUUAGCCGCUUUUGCUUUUUUUUAAAAAAAAAGAUGCGUUUUUAAAAAAAAUUAUCAGUGGGAAAGGAAGAAGGAAGAGAAGGAUGGAGGGGGGACAUGGCUUUGAGCAGGAUUUUUCUAGCAACACCUCAGACCAGAUUUGGGCACUGGGAACUGCGGGGCUGCCUCUAUACAGUGGCUUUAAUUCCUCCUUGUCGGUUUCUCCCCGUUACGGGUUAUAAAAGAGCCCAGGGGUUUUGAUGAAAAAAAAGGACGACAGAGUUUGAUCUGGUGGCUCGGUGGAUAAGACGCCGAGCUUGUCGACCAGAAAGGUCGGACAGUUCGGCGGUUCGAAUCCCCUAGCACGGGUCUCCUGCGUGAGCCUGGAGUUGGACUAGAUGACCUCCAAGGUCCCUUCCAACUCUUGUUACUGUUAGGGCGAAGUAGAAAACCCAAGGAAGCAUCUGCAGUUGAGGCAUAGGCAUCGAAAGUCCUGCCAUCCGUUGGAUUCCUUCAUUUUUCUUGCUUCCUUUGUUUGUUUGUUUGUUUGUUUGUUCGUUUAUCUUCUGGGACUUUGGAAGAAGUGGGAAAUAACCAGGGGUGAAUGCUACCAGUUUGGUGCGUGCGUGCGCAUUCGCAGUGUGUGCCCAUACGCGCGUUUCGAUGCAUGCGCACCGCAGUUCUGAAAAAGGGAGGCUUAAGAAGGUAAGUAGAACAGCGAGGGUAGGGGAACGGCUGUGCCGCGCGAAUUAGAUUUGCUAGAAAGCAGAAUUUCCUGCUUUCUAGCAUAUAUAAAUUGUGUGGCACAGCUGAUUGUCGGAAAUACCGGUUCAUCUCAACCGGUAGCAUUUUUUUUUACUACCAGUUCAGUCUGAACCGGUAGCAUUUUUUUAACUACCGGUUCUCCUGAACCGGUCCGAACCGGUAGCAUUUUUUUUUUGCUACCGGUUCUCCCGAACCGGUCUGAACCGGUAGCAUUUCACCCCUAGAAACAACCCACCACUUUUCAUUUUUAGGAGAAGACCCUCUUCUCUGGCUGAGCCCCAACUUUUUUCCUGCCUCCUAAAGACUCAGGUGGCUUCCCUUAAUUUUGACUCGGAUCUAACAAUAACUCUGUGGUCGUUACUGUGGUCGUUGCCCGCCAGUUUCCCUCUUCCCGGCUCGGGCAAGAGACCCCACAGAUGGUGAAGGACACACAAUCCUGUUGGAAUACCGCCCCUUGGCUCCUGUGCUUUAUUCAAGGAACAAAAAAAUCAAAAUUAUCCAGCAAACAACAUUCCUCCCAGAAUCCCUUCUCUCCAGUUCUUAACAAACUGAUGAUGGCCACACAAAUCCAAGUUCGAUGAUCAUUCCAGGAACUCAGGUUAUAUCUCCCCUCCCCCCAAAACACACACAAAAAAAACCCCUGGUCCCGAAAUACAGGUACACCUCAAACUCCCCCCCCCACUACCCGUCCCACUUCUUUUCAAGGAGGAGAAACAGCCUGACUAUUUCCAGAUCAGAAAGGUCAGCGGUUCGAAUCCCUAGUGCAGCUCUCCCGCGUGAGCAGGGGGGUUGGGCUAGAUGACCCCCACGGUCCCUUCCAACGUUGUUACCCUUAAAAAGCUGCCCUCCCCCGUAAAAGCUUUGAAAGGAGAAAACCGCCAUCACCCGCUCCCCUCCUCUUCCCCCCCUCCCCAAAUAUCAUUCCAAGAACUGUGUGUAUUUUUUUUUUAAUUUUUCUUUUCUAUACUCCCCACGGACACACACAACACCCCCACAAAUCCAUGGGGAGCUCGGGGGAGACGGAGACGUAUUGCUGAAAACAUUUUGUGUAUUUAAUGUUUCUAAUUUUCCAGCCCUAACAAACGUCAUAUACCCGAACUAUUUACCCGUAGCACAGGCCUUUAUUAGUAGUCAGUUGCUGAUUUGUUGCUUCUGUGUUCAAGUCAUAGCUAAUUUUGCUCCAUUGUGUAUGGUUGUGGCCGGGCAGGUGUGCGAAAGAGGACCAGGUUUGCUUGCGUGCAAGUGUGUAUGAGUAAGCAUGAGGUAUAAUCGCCCCAUAAUUUAUUCAGCUAUAUGGAAUAGUAGAAUAGAAAAAAAAAAAAACGAAACUGGUAUUGCUUUAACCUUCCGCUGCCUGUGGUGUCCUUCUAUGUAACUCAGGCAUAACUGUUAUACAUUAAAAAAAAGGAAAGAAAAAG